AUGUCGCUCGCUCUCAAAUUCACCUCUCUCGCUAUCCGGACGCUCGCCAAACCCAUAGCUAACUUUAUCAAGCGACAAGCACGCGAGCAUGAAGGCUUCCGCCGAACAUGCAUUUCCUUCGCCCAGAGGCUUCACAGAAUUGACAUGCGAUGGCGGAUUGGUCUCUUACAGGAUGCAGCAGCGAUAGAAAAACAAGCCGCAAAGGAAGCCGCACAGGAUGCGGCCAAGAAACACAAGCACAGCAUACCCACGGUCAAAACAGAGGCCCAGACAAAGGCGGAAGAAGAAGCGGCUGCAAAAGCGACAAAAGAGUCGGCCGAGCCCCCGAAGCCUCGACCGAAACCCAAGAUCAGACCCCUUUCCGAAGCCAAAGCCAUCGAUGCCGGUGCCAGCUUUAUAAGUGAGGCUUUCCUCUUCAGUGUUGCGGCUAGCCUGAUAUUGCUUGAGUCUUGGAGAUCACGUCGGAAAGAGAGCAGCCGCAGAGAUGAUGUGGACGACCGAUUGAACGAUCUGGAGGAAACCGAAAAGGCUACUCGGAAAGCCCUCAUCCAGUUGGAGAGAGAGGUCCUACGCCUCCGGGCCAAGGAGCAGAAUGGGACACCCAACGGUCCCAUACGGAUCCUGCCGCGGGAGAUAUACGAGGAGAAAGAGGAGGGAUUGGAGGAGAAGCCGGGAGGCUGGUUUGCCCGGAUAGGGUCUUGGAUCUCUCAAAACAAGGCGGAGGCGGAGGCGCAAGAGGCUCUGGCACAAAAUGCCCCGGGACCAGCAGAGAGACUGCUUGUUGAAUCUGAAAAGGCGAUAGAAGAGAAGCAUAAGCAGCAGGCCAGUCAGGCUAAUGAAAAGGUGAACGCUGAGGAGACUCAGAAGAAACGGUAG